AUGGCGGCAGGUUAUGAAACAACAUCCACUGGUUUGGCUUUUGCCACAUAUGAGCUUGCUAGACAUCCAGAAGUUCUUGAGAAACUACGAGAUGAAAUUAAUCAAUUUCCUCUCGACGACAAUGAACAGUUCAACGAAGAAACAAAGCAAUAUCCCGAUUAUGAUGUGAUUGCCCAGAUGCCUUAUAUGGAUAUGUUUAUUUCUGAAGUUUUGAGAAUGCAUCCUAUUGGAAAUUUUGCUAUUCAACGAUCUGCUGCACAAGAUACGGUUGUUCAAGGAAUUCCAAUUGAAAAAGGUACGUUAGUACAUGCUGAUAUUUAUUCCGUUCAUUUCAAUCAUGAACUUUGGGGUCCUGAAGAUCCAUACGUGUUCUUUCCUGAGCGUCAUAAAACAAAACGUCAUCCAAUGGCAUAUUUAUCAUUUGGAGCUGGUCCACGACAUUGUAUCGGUAUGCGCUUUGCACUGAUGGAAAUGAAAUUUCUCUUAGUACAGCUGCUUCGUAAGUAUUCAGUUGCGCCUGGUGAACAUUUCCACAGCAAAUUUAACGUUCGGGAAAAAACAGUUAUCGCACCCGAAGAAAUUUGGAUUAAGCUGGUACAAACAAGUGCUUGA